AUGGAGACUUUACGCCUCAAGCCCCGCCAGCCAGUGGCCGAACCCGAUAUUGAGGACUGGGACGAUGACGACUUCCAGAUCGACAACGACGAUCUGACGUUUCGCACAACGUCCACCACCGCGAACCUUCCUCCCUCACGACGCGACUCCGCAUCGUCGCAUGUUUCUCUCCGCUCCGACCUUGAAUCCAUCCUGGACGAGGAGACACAUGUGCACGUCCCGGGCGACGACGAGAAGUCGACCCUGGACGCUAUCGCCGCUGCCACACAAGCCGGCAUUCCGAUACCCAAGAAUGUACCAUCCUCCGCUCUCAUGGGCGGCACUAUCAAACGACUAGGUGGAAGGAAGAUAAAGAAGAUCAUGCAGGACGACUGGGAGGAUGAUCUGGUGCUGCCAGAAUCGAGCCAGGGCCUUCGCAUCAAGCCCCAGGACGGUUCCAAGUUCCCUGAUAUGCUCCGGCAGGUCAGUGGUGGUUCCAACCAUACCAGUCCGACAAAGCCCAUGAAGACACCUCCGGCAGUGUCAUUGCUAGACCGGAGAGAAUCGACUGAGUCAACGACAAGUACGCUGUCAGGGACUCUUAAUUUGGAAAAGUUUCGCGAUAACGAUGACGAUGAUGACUUCUUUGGCGAUGGUUCCGAAACCAUCAAAGUCUCCAAGAUUCGGUCACUGAAGCACAUUUCACUCAUCACUCCUCCAACGCCUCAGAAGAGCGACAAGACGCUGGACGACGAUUUUGAGAAUGAUUUCGAGUUGCCCUCGGACGGCAAACUGAAGCUCUCUACCAGAAAAGACAUUCCAAAAACGCCUUUGUCACAUGCGGAAGACCUAGACUGGGGCGAGGGCAGCCUCGGAACGCGAUUCGGAGGCACUCGCAGGGACGGGUUUUCUAACAGAAGCUCUUCAGUCUCGGCCAUGAGCCCCAGUGUGUCAAGCUCGUUUACCGUUGAGAGCGAGGACGAGACGUUCGAUGGUCUUGUGCUUCCGAGCGGCCCGGUCAAUUUCGAGGAGAGACUGAGCCGGAGAAAGCUGAGCCGCUCCCCUGUACGUGCUGCAGAGGAAGAGCCGCCAAACCUCAAGACUCCUCAACCGAGGAAUGAGCCAGAGCCCGAGGACAUGUUCGACGGUCUUGAUGUCGGCGACGGCGAUGUCUUCAGUUCUGGUAAACUCACUCUUCACCGCAACAUUCGCGUCAAUGCGAACCGGCCGCCCAGCCCAGUGCGGCCCAAAACGGCGAUUUCCUUGACGUUCUCCAGUAAGACCACACCGUCACGAUUGCCACGGCCCAGCCAUGAGCGCCAUGAGCGCACCCUUUCUGCGCUGGAGCCUGUGUCUGAGAGUGGUGGCCCCAUUUUCGCUCGCUCGCGGAGAUCCCAGUCUCGUAUGGGCCACGCAUCGCAGUCGUCUGUUACGAGCAUUCACAGCAUGCCGACGCCCACGACGCCUUCUCCGGUAUCUCUACUUCCCUCAACGCCGCGAAGGAGAGAGCUUGGCCCUCGAACUUCAACCACGUCGCUGCGAAAUGAGCCCACCACCACCAGCUCGCAAUUGUUGAGAUUUAAGCGAUCUCUGCCUGCCAUGAAGGCGUCUCAUUCACCUGCCAAACCCAACUCAUCCCGUUUCGAACGACCACCUUCCAGAACAGACCUGAACCGUCCGUCGUCGGUGAUGCGGCCGAAAACACCAACCGAGAGAAGUCGACCCGCUGUGGAAAGCCAUGCUGCCCAGCAACGACGCCCCUUCCUCCCUGCUGGGGCCUCACAAUCCCAGUCGCAACACGUGACCGCGAAAACUUCUCGCACCUUUCGACGCCAUGAUUCCGAGAACUCCCUCGACUUGCGGCCGACGUCUAGGGCUUUUUCGAGGUCGACGAUGCGUUCGCCGAGCCCGAAGAGGCUCAAUCGCCAUUCGGACCACAUCACUCACGACGGCCUCUCCUUCCGCACGCUCACCAAGCCACACCGAACCCGAAAUUUCGGCGACGGACACGAAUUGGAUGCAUUCGAUGAUCUGCCUACGUCGGCGCAGUCCGAGGCAAAAUUCGUUCGGCAACCCAUGAAAGCACCGUUGCGCAACAAGCUCUACCAAAACGUGCUUCCCGAUCGGACCAACACGCCCUCCCCGGCACCUUACUCCCCUGCGAAGGCUGAUUACACGCCCCAUUUCGCCCGUGAUACCCAGGCUAGCCGAAUUGCCCGGGAGACCUCGCUUGCUCAACGAGCUCCAUCAGGCCCACUGGCGCCUCUCACCUUGUCGCGCGUCUCCCAGCUGUCGUCCAGGAACAAUUUCAACCCCGGACUGCCACAGGCUACCGUCCGAUCGAAGAAGAAGAGGAACCCUCCUCAAUUGAAGCCUCAUCUUAUAUCGAACAUGAACAAGGACAAGACUCCGCAACAUCUUCAGGGUAUGUUUUACAACCCCGAUACCUUCUGUUGGGAAGGCAACGAAAAUGUCUUGAACGCGUUCGACCCACCCGCAUCGUCCCCAGCGACAGCAUCCGUGCCGCACCCGGUGCGCGACAAAGAAGCCUCGACACCUCGGCCAGCCUUAAUCACGAACAUAAGCCAUACAAAGGGUGUCCAAGUUGUCAAAGGCAUGGUUUUCGACCCGCAGAACAUGUGCUGGCUCAAGAUGGGUCCUCAGACAAACCCCAAGUCCGAGAUUCCCGAUCCUAUGGAUGACUUCAACGCUUUGGACGAUGACGAGGAUGUCUUCAAGGAUAUACCAGACCUUGACGACAACCCAGGCGACCCUAAGGAGCCGGGCCGCGUCAGCGAAGUCCAGGACGAAUGGCUCGUCGGCGAAGAAUUCGACGUCGGGCCGGAGUUCGUACGAAGGCAGCGCGAAGAAGAAGACAGGUGGCGAAGGAAAUGCGAAAAGUGGCUUGACGUCGGAAACCGAGAUCGCGACGCAUGGCGUUGGGCCAUCCGCGACAUCCUGCUUCUUCAGAGGGCUACCCAGUAG